CAGUAUCCAUUGUUUACAAAAGAAGAAACUGAGAGCAACUUCAAUUAUUAACACUUACCGAAGAGAGAGAGAAAGAAACUAAGAGGGAAAUGGGAGAUGCGUCAGAAGUUUUUGCCACGACCGCGCCGUUAGCUCCAGUUACCAGUGAGCGAAAAGUACGGAGCGACUUGGAGGAAAAACUACCAAAGCCAUAUUUGGCAAGAGCACUAGUAGCUCCAGAUACAGAGCAUCCGAAUGGAACAGAAGGUCAUGACAACAAAGGCAUGAGUGUUAUGCAACAACAUGUUGCUUUCUUCGACCAGAACGGCGACGGUAUUGUCUACCCUUGGGAGACUUAUGCAGGAUUCCGUGACCUCGGUUUCAACCCAAUCUCCUCUGUCUUCUGGAGCUUAAUCAUAAACUUAGCGUUUAGCUACGUUACACUUCCGAGUUGGUUGCCAUCACCAUUACUGCCUGUCUAUAUCGACAACAUACACAAAGCCAAACAUGGGAGUGAUUCAAGCACCUAUGAUACCGAAGGAAGGUAUGUCCCAUUUAAUCUGGAAAACAUAUUUAGCAAGUAUGCGCUAACGGCUCCAAACAAGUUAACAUUCAAAGAGAUGUGGAACUUAACCGAGGGAAACCGAAUGGCAAUCGAUCCUUUUGGAUGGCUUUCUAACAAAGUUGAAUGGAUACUACUUUAUAUCCUUGCAAAAGAUGAGGAAGGGUUCGUGUCCAAAGAAGCUGUGAGAAGUUGCUUUGAUGGCAGCUUAUUUGAAUAUUGUGCUAAAAAGAAUAAAGAGAAGGCCAAUUCUCGCAAGCAAGACUAAGAGUUUGUUUAUCUUUUGUAUGAAUAAGUAUUACUGUAUUUGCAGCCUAUUAUUGUUAAGCUCAUGUUUGAAGAAACCGUUUGUGUAAGUUGAUGUGUAAAAUCUGUUCAACAAAUAAAAUGAGAUUUUCAUCAA